CGCUUUUAAGCCAUUACUCUCAUAAACCUUUAAUCAUCCUAGUCAGAUCUUAAGGUGCUUACUUCAGUUAAUCAUUAAUUCUUUUCGCGUCUGUGAAAGUUUCACACUAUACUAUCGCGUUCUAGAGGAGUAGCGAUAGCAUAGGCCUAACACUUAUACCAUCCAUACACAAGUCACAAGUUUACACAUACAUAUACAUCUAAUAUGUCAAAAAGCGCCUCCACGAAAAAGAGCCAACCCAGCGGGGGUCAAAAAAGCGCCGUCUACCAACCACGAGAGACCGAUGUAAAAGAUUACCCCCAUGGCAUCUUUGAAUUGCUCUCUUCAUGGACAGUGGGUGACUCCGAUGCAAAAUGGGGACCAUUCGCCAAGCAUGUCAGAGCAGCAAAGCAAGAAAAGCGUUGGGUGGAGUGGUCUAUCUACGACAUAGCUCGCGCCCAACCCGACGACGUUAUCGAUUACGAUGAGGUCGAAGAGAGAGAUGCUCGCCGUAGAAGGUCGUCCCGCCGGAGAAAGAGAAGCGUUAAUUACAGAAUUAACGAGGAGUUGCUGCACGAUAUUCGUCCCGCGCAAAUCGACUUCCAGGAGUAUCUUGGGACCGAGUAUCACCCCGGCGAGUACUACGAUAAUUUCUUCAAAGCGCAUUACGGCAGAUUGUAUGGCACGACGGUUAAAUUUGUCGACAAGUGGUUCAACGGUGGUGUUCACUUAGGGAACCUCAAGGGCGAAGACCCAAGUCAAAAUACCAUUUGGACUACACCCUUGACCGAACAAUUUAUCGAGUAUGCGAAACGCGUCGCCUACGAAGACAGGGGUAACGGUGGUUGGCCCGUCAUCCUUAACGACAAUGUGCAGCGAAAGUGGCUUAUAGUCGGUAUUCUCGGUCAGAUCAUGGAAAAGAAGGUUUUCACUGAGCUGCUCUUUGGUGCCGAUGACACUGUGAAAGAUGAAUUAGAGAGGUUUGAUGCGAUGUGGGUAGAAGAAGAAGGUUACGGCCGCAAGUCCGCCCGCGCCAACAUUGCUCGAUGGGCCGUUAAGGGGCGUUUAUUACCGCUCAAUUUCUGGCUUGACGUUGACAGCUUGACGGCUGCAACCCUCAAGGUCUUCUUGCCAUUACUCAACGCACUCAAGGAAGUUUUCCCGAACAGAGCCGAUUACAGAUUGGAUGUCUUCUUACAAGAACUCCACUCUCUAAUUUCGUACGCGGGUAUGAUCCAAGUAUGUACGGCUGUUUCUCCGACCAUUUUCCAUUUCCUCUCGGCCACCCCGGGCGCUCGCAUGGAUACCCAGACCGAAUCUCAGGCAGACGUAAGCCUUUACCGCGAAUCUAAAGAACUACACGAUUCGGAUAAUAAGCAAUGGGAGGAGUAUGUCGAUGCUGCCAUGAAAGGAGGUCGAGUGAAGGCCUACACCAACGAAACGAUCCUGGUACCUAAGGAUGACCGCGAGAAAAAGGUCAUGGAACACCAACGAUUACGUGGUGCUAAGGUCAAGAUGGCCGUCUUCCCUGGACUUACCCGGUACACUCCCAAGAACAAGGGUUUGGGUGAUCCCGAUCCUGAGGCUCCGGAGAGUUACGAUAUGUAUUACCCGACCCGAAUGGACCCAGACCCGAAUAUGGAAGGCCAGAAUAUCACUGUGAUUUCGAAUUGUCAAGUCGUCUACUACCAGGGUCUGAUGUACGCGCCAGAGAACGUCGUACAGGCGAUCAGCUUAGAAGACCACAUCUCCUAUCUUCCUCGCGACUCGAAUGGUUUACUUGGAUUGAUUGGAAAAUUGAUUUUGCUAGGCCUCAAAUUUUCUCGACUUUUAUUCUGGCACAUUGCGGUCAACGGCUUCUUCUUUGGUCUCAUCGGUUCCAUGUAUCUAGGUCGGGAUUUCGUCUGGUACCUCAUUUCAACUUGGCAUGUUGUACUUGUCUUCACCAGCUUCCUCCUAUACCUCAACACUAAGCACUACAAUUAUUCGGAAACGCAACGAUGGCGCAUUUUCGUCGUUUUCGGAAUUGCUCUCGCUACCUUGUAUGCCUGGGGUCUAUACGCCACGGUUACCGAUCAGGUUGACCAGUUGCCAAGGGGCCCUCUUUUAAGCAACAUUUUAUCGUUGAAUACAGGAAUCCUAAGCAGAGCUACACCCUCCGAACUCCCACCUGGAGCUGAGGAGAGGAUCUUGAGCAUCAAGAACAUGUAAGAAACCUUCGUAAGUAAAGGCUUCAAGUUAAAAGAUGGGGACGUGAAGUAGAGAUGAUGAUGGUGGUGGUGAUUAUGAUUAUGGCGACGGGCGCUAUUCGACAUGUUGCUUCUGUUUUAUUGCUUUUGUGUUUUUUAGCUUGUCAAUGCUGUUAUGCUAUGGUUUUGCCUGUUUUUGUUUUGCUCAGCAUGGGAUCAUCAAAUAAGUAGAUAAUUAAAUCCCAUGUCGGGAAUAAAAAAGGAUAAAUGAAUGCCAAUACAUCAUAUUACAUUUAGAGAAUCAGUAGGCUGUACCUAGG